GUCAAUACCUAAGCAUUUAUACUUGAAUCCAACAAAUAACAUCAAUAUUUAAUUUUUUUACUCAUAAAAUAAAUAAUAAAAUAAUUUUUAUCAAUUAAAUUCUCUAAAAUAAAGUCAUUUUACUUAGAGAUUCGUAUAUCGAUCAUGCCGGUCAUACUGGUGGUAUCACGUCGGUUUUAUGACCGGUACCGGUUGAACCCGGUACAACCGGUGGCACGCCGGCCGGCGUGACAACCAUGAUGAAGUGACAAUUUGGUUCUCGAUUUUUCAGCAAUCGACUUUAGCUGCCCCCUUCAGCUUCCGUUACUCCUACUCGUCGUUGGAACCGCAUUUUGACAUCACCGUCCUGGACUUCCGCUGCCGGCGCCACCGUACGACCUAGGCUUUUCCUGUUUGAUUCUCCGGUGCCGACCGAACUCUGAGGUGUCGGAAUCCAGAUCGAGCUGGAACAGAACGAUGCCUCGGUAUUACUGUGACUACUGCGAUACUUAUUUGACGCACGAUUCUCCUUCUGUUAGAAAGCAGCACAAUGCGGGUUACAAGCACAAGGCGAAUGUUAGAAUCUACUACCAGCAGUUUGAGGAGCAGCAAACCCAGAGUUUAAUUGACCAGCGGAUUAAGGAACAUCUUGGGCAAACUGCAGCAUUCCAACAGGUAGGUGGUGCAUACAAUCAGCAUCUCAUGGCUCAAAGGCCUCGUCUUCCCAUUUUGCCGACGCCUAUUAUGCCCAUUCCUGGGAACCCAAACCUACUUCCUGGUGCACAGCUAAUGCCCGGAAUGAGGCCUCCACUUUUGCCUAGACCUGGCAUGCCACCGCCUGGUGCUCCAGGUUACAUGUCUGUUCCAGGAAUGCCUCCAAUGAUGGCACCACCUGGUGCUCCUUCCUUACCCGGUCAAGUAAAUGGUGCACCAAGGCCGCCACCUCCAGGUAUGGUUCCAGCAAGUGUACCUGGGAGCACCAUGCCCAUGCCAACUGCUCAAGGUCCACCACCAUCAUUGGCUCCACCUCCUAAUUAUCAGCCACAUACCCAAGCACCCUCAAGUGGUGGUUUUGAUAGUUACAACAAUGUUAAUCCCCCAGCUCCCGAAGGAAACCAUUAGUCUCUGAUCGCAUGGUACACACUUCUCUUUUGUUGUCUGAUGAACUGCAGAACUCAAUUAACUUCUAAUCGAUGUUUGUUGAAAAUCCGUCUUUGUGGAUAAAAUUUUGCAGAUGAAACGUAUCUGGUGCAUGGAAUUGACAUACCUUGUGCGGCAAUAUAAGAAUCUAAGGGUCGGAUUUGCUCCAUUAAACGUUCGGCAGAGAUUGCCAGAUGCUCUUAUCUUGUGUAGUGAGAUUAGUAUUUGUCAACUUUUCUUGGGAAACUAGUUGGCUGGAUUAUCAGGCUGCACUAUGUAUCACUGUAUUGGCAAGUGAAAUGAGAAUAUGUUCUGCAAAUGACUUCUGGGUUCCCUUGUUAAGUUUUUACGUGAAGCACAUUCAACAAGAUUCGCGGAAUGAAGGGUGUUGUUUAAUGUUCAAUCGCAUGCUUCCCGUCCCGAUUGAGUAGACUCAUAAAUGCUCAUAAAGUAA